AUGGAUGAGCUGGAGGCCACCAGGCUGCUUCGGCAUCCGCGGCGUUGGUGGAGCAUGGGUUUCGGCAAACGGAUCGUGGCCAUCUCGGUUCUGGUCAUCAUCGUGCUGCUAUUUUCGCUGGUUUACCAUGGCCUUGUGGUGGAGAAAAUUGAUCAAGUGCAGCAGAUUGCUGCGCUGAAUGCCAGGCAUCAAGUGCUUUUCAACCAGCCGUUUGAGGAGGAUCGGUCUGCCCUGAUUGUGAGUCCUCAAACCUUGCAUUUCAAACUGCUUGACGAGGAUAUGAACAUGGAUAUGAAGGAUAGCAAAAACAGGAGAAGAAAGCACUUGAAGCAAAUGCUGGUUAAGUUCCGGUUGAACAAGAAAAAUCGCAUGCGCCGUGACUUGCAUGGGUUGGAUCUGUUGGACCCCGUCCGGAUGGAGGCCAACCUGCAGCACCUGUACACCAAGCUGCGAAGCAAAAGGGCGAGAGAAGCUCUGAGCCAACUGGAGCACGAAUUCGUGCGGUGCAAGAAGCAUACUCCGCAGGAUUGCAUGUCCGCCUUUCUGCGCAUGUACAAAAUGGCAAAGGAGGUUACCGAGAAAAUGGAGAAGAUGAAGGCCAUUAUGCGGGAACAGCAGUCGAAGUUGGAAUCAAGUAUGGAGUCCUAUGAAGAGAAGGGUACAUUUACGCCGGCUGAUCUGAUUCAGGUGGCAACUGCAGAAACCACACCAGCUGCGGUAAAUGCCACUGAAAAGCCAGCGAGGACGAAGAUUAAACCUUCAAGAAUCAGCUGGAUCAUCGAUGGUCACGAUCAUGAUGAGAGUCCCGUUUAUACGGAUGGUGCUCCCAAGAAAGAAACUACCAAGGCACCUGAGAACACCACUCAAUUGGUCGAAACUACAGCCACAACAAUAAAAGCAGCCGCUACCGAAAGUAUGACUGUGGAGAGCACUACAGAGAAGAUCAGCUGGAUUCUGGAUCACUUUGACAAGCCCCAAGAGAUUUUGCGUACAACUGAGGGACCAGGGCAGCGAAUAAUUAGAAAUGUAACCACCACAUCAGCGUCAUCUAUGAAAUCCGAUCCAAUACUUGAAACGGAAACCACUAAUAGUGAUCUCGUGCCCACCACGGAAAGCGCAUUGGUAUGGAAUAUAACUACCGAAGGACCAGUAGAAGCCAGGAACAGCAGCGCUCAGCGAAAAUUGCCUUUCGAUUGGAUUCUGGACGGAGAGGAAAAUGUGGAGCCCGAUGUCAAGACCACAAAAACUACGAUAACCACUACGACAGGUGGUACUCUCGAAACCACCAUUGUCACCACAGAGCUGCCGAAAAUAACUUUCGAUUGGAUUAUUGACGGCAGGGAAGUGGUAGAGCCGCAGGACACCACUACUGAAGCCACUGGGACCACAGCAGGACAGCGUAAGAUGCCGUUCGAUUGGAUAAUUGACGGAGAAGAAGUUGUGGAGCCGCAUGAGAACGCCACCACCACAACUAUAGCGACAACAUUGGCCAUCAGCACAACCGAGGUCAACGACAGACUUCAUAAUGCCACAGCCUAUCCCACCAAGCCGAAGCCGGUUAAGUUUGACUGGAUCAUCGAUGGAGGAGAGUCCAGUGGUGAGGUAAGCAGUACCUCCACAAGCCAACCAAAGUUGACUACUAGGGAGGCGAUUACCGAUCCAGAGUCACCGCGAUCCCCGCAUCCGCUGGACAACCCCACCAGCAUCGAAAACAUGCUGGACAGCUUUGAGCAACACGAAGCGGAGAAACCCAUUCUCAGGGUCCUAAACGCUAAUGAAUCCUCCUCAGAAUCCGUCACGGAUGGUUACGAACACGAACGCCAGCUGUGGCUGAAGAAGUUUGAGGAUCAGGCAAGGCCGAAUCAACACGAGUUGAUAGAUACUUUUGGAAGCGCUUUGGAUGCAAAGGCCUUGGACAAAAUGGGACCCAAAAUCAAUCCACUCAAGGGGCACACUUGGAAUGCUGCUGACGCCGAAAUUCUUAGUCUUUGCGAACGAGUGGCUCUGCGGAUGCGCAACAAAGUUGCCGCCAUGUCAGACAGUGAGACUAAGGAGAAGGGGGAAACCUUCACGGCUUCACCCAGUGUACAGUUUACCAGUCGAGCUCCUGGCGGAUUUCCAGUAUCCGGUGAAACAAUGAAGGCUUCAGCACAGUUUAUGUUUAACCCUAACUUCGGAAUGCCCAGCAUUCCCGUUUGCUUCUAUAUGACGCCUGCCAAUUUCCGAAUGCCCAUGUGGUCGAAUACGCCCACAUUUAUGGGCAUGCAGGGUGCGCACUUUGGGGGAUCAUCGAACCCCGGCGCCGGCAUAUUUUUUGUACCUCAGCAAUUUGGACCGAGCGGAAACUUUUUCGGAGGAAGUGGCGGAUCCGGAGCCGGUGGCCAGGGUGCCAAUAUCUUCUCCAAGAACGCCUCACCACAGAAAGCGUCCAGCGGGCAGCAGCAGCAGGUCUACUGCAGCUAUAUGCAGAAUCAAGGAGGUCAGGGAGCGGGACAAUCGCAGACGUCCAGUCAGCAGCAGCAGGGUGGACAGACGGCUUUCUCCAAUGCCAACUUCAAGAUGCGGCAUGCCAAUCAGUCAAGCACCGCCAAUCAACAAGGACAGAUCAUCUACGCCAGCUAUGCAGGAUUGCCACAACAACCCAUCCAGGAGCGAUCCAGGUGCUCAGAGCCCGAUCAGCUUUCCUGCUUUGGUCAACCGGAGUGCAUCGCCGCCUCCAGAUGGUGUGAUAAUGUGGUGGAUUGUUCCGAUGGCAGCGAUGAGUCCGCCUGCACCUGUGCAGAUCGCGUGGAUGAAGAGCGUCUGUGCGAUGGCUAUGAAGAUUGCCCCAUGGGCGAGGACGAACUGGGAUGCUUUGGCUGCGAAGCGUUGGCUUACUCCUGCUACGAAAGUCCAGAGGACUUUGCCAAACGCAAUCGAUCUACGAUUUCUAUGUGCUACAGUCGACUGGAGCGCUGCGACGGAUUCAUAAACUGCCUGAAUGGACGCGAUGAGAAGCAGUGCAGCAUGCUGGUCACCGAUGUGGCAGAUCAUAUGUCCCACGGUGCAUCUGCUUCUGAGGGCUAUCUCUACCACAAUUAUCGCGGGGAUUGGCAUCCUGUGUGCAACAAUGGCGAAAAGUGGGCGGCUUCAGCCUGCGAGAUGGAUGACAGCAGUCGUAAGGAUCACCCAGCAUUUUUGAAUGUCAGCUUCCAAGCCCUAACUUUACCGGGUCCUUUUAUUGAGCCCUCCCUGCAUGCUGGAGUUCACUUUGCUCAGGCGUGUCACGGACGCAAUAGCCACGAUUCCCUAGUAGAUCAUGUGGCCUAUGUCAAGUGUCCCCCGAUGCACUGCGGCCUACCCUCUAAAACAUCUAUGUUGGAACACUCGAAGAGAGUAAAAAGAGAGGUAUCGGAUUCAAAGGAAAUCGUUGGUGAUGGCCGAAUCGUUGGUGGAAGUUAUACAAGUGCACUCCAAUGGCCAUUUGUGGUUGCUAUCUACAGAAACGGAAAGUUCCAUUGCGGUGGAACCAUUUAUUCUGAUCGCUGGAUCAUCAGCGCUGCGCACUGUGUCAUCAACUAUGGAAAGUACUUCUAUGAAGUGCGUGCUGGUCUCUUGCGUCGCACUAGUUACUCACCCGCCACUCAGAUCCAGCCCGUCUCCCAUGUGGUUGUCCACCAAGCCUACGAAAGGAGAAGCAUGCGAAACGAUCUCUCUCUACUCCGCCUGCUAAAUCCGCUGCAGUUCAAUCGAUGGGUUAAGCCUAUUUGCUUGCCAGACAAGGGAAGAACCACAAUAGGAGACGAUUGGAUCUGGGGCCCUGUGGAACACACUCUAUGCACGGUGGUUGGUUGGGGAGCCAUUAGAGAGAAGGGUCCAAGCAGUGAUCCCAUGCGUCAGGUUGUCGUGCCGAUUCGUAAAAAAUGCAAUGAUCCCGAAGAUCAGGCUUCAGAGGACAUUUGUGCGGGCGAUCCAAACGGAGGUCGCGAUGCCUGUCAGGGUGAUUCGGGUGGGCCGCUCUUCUGUCGCAGCGUCUCUAACCCAGAUGAAUUCUAUUUGGCCGGAGUGGUAAGUCACGGCAAUGGCUGUGCUCGCCCGCAGGAGUUUGGAGUCUACACGAGGGUCACUCUCUACCUAGACUGGCUGGAAAUGGCCACUACUCCACGACUGUUGCCCAAACUUCAGCCGCUUCAACUCUGUCCCGGAUUUAUCUGCGUCUGGGGUGGUAAGCGAUGUAUUGCUAAACGGCAGCGCUGCGAUCGAAACGUUGAUUGUUUGGGUGGCGAGGAUGAGGUGGGAUGCACCUACAACUUCUUACCGGAUAUGGUGGGUGGAGUUCGACAGAAUAUCAGCACCACAACUGAGAGUGACUAUCAUCCAGUGCAGGAGAACGAGGAAAAGAGUGAAAUGCGGGAGGUUAUUCCCAUUGAGGAUGAAGACUUAAAGGCGGAGCAAGACGAGGAAGAGUUGUGGGAAAGCACAACAUCUUUGGAGCAAACGGAAACAACACAGGGCCCAAUGGAUUUAUCUACAACUGAAAAAAUUACCUCAACUACCUCAGAUGAUUUAUCAGUAAUAGAAGAAACCACGAGUACACAUUUCACAGUCAGUGAUUCAGCCACUAGCCCUUCCACUCUAAUGCCGUCGACGAGAAACAUUUCAAGUUGGUUGCCAUCCACAACUGCACAGCCUAAUUUUGCACCCACAAAUAUUGAAACAUCGACAUUUGUAUCUACUACAAUUGAAUCUGAAUCUUCAACCUUACCAACUACUGUUGCCCAAACUGCGACAAUGCCCACUUCAACUGAGGACUUGAAGAAGCUCACAGAUUUGGCAACUGAAUUUAUAGAGAGCUCGACUAUUGAGGCCACGAUGGAUGUAGUGACGACUACCUUAUCUCUAACCACAACAGAGGCUCCAAAAACAGCAACUUCAGAGGGAGUGAAGGAUACAACAACCGCAGAAGAUACAACCACAAUUAGCGACAUUAUUACCUCUACCAUCACGCCCUUAGCCACAAUCCCUACUACCAUUCCAACCAUUGCAACCACAUUAGCACCAACUACCACUACAGAAUCUGCUAGGACGACUACAACGCAUAGUAGCAGCACACAUUCUCCAAAGGAUCAAGUUCAAAUUCCUAAUAAAUUUGUGUGCCAAAAGAUGUCUCAAAUUGUGGAUAUUACGAUGCGUUGUGAUCGGAAAGUGGACUGCGAGGAUGGAACUGAUGAACUGGACUGCACAUGCAGGGAUUAUUUUAAGGGAUCUCUAAAGAGUCUUAUUUGCGAUGGCAAGGCAGAUUGCGAGGACCUCACAGAUGAACAGGACUGCGUGCAAUGUCAAUCUAACGAGUUUCAUUGCCCGCUGUCCAAAACCUGUUUGCCGUUGAGCAAACGCUGUGAUAAUGAAGUGGAUUGUAAGUUCAAGGAAGAUGAAAAGGAUUGCUUUGCUUUGACCAAUGGCCACGAUGUGCACUUUGACGUGCAUCAGCAGCCCAAGUUCAGCAGUACCGGAAUCUUCUCCAGAAAUGGCCAUGGCGUUUGGCGCGUAGUCUGUGCUCAUGAGACGGGCUAUCACGAGCACCAGGCCACCACAGCAGAUGCGGUGUGCGCUCUCCUUGGAUUCAAGGGAGCUCACUACUUCAACAGCUCCGAGUUUGUGAGCCAGCAGGAGAUGCAAUCCAUCACACCAGAGUUAAAAGAAGGCAGGAACCGCAUGGCAGCUCAAAUUCAUUCCAUGGUCGGCGACAAUAUUCAAUUCACUGAGAAUGAGGUCAUAGCACCCGAACUGGGACCCCCAACCGCAUCAAGACCAGAGAAGGAUCGUCUGUUGCCCCGCAAGUGUGUCGGCAUCUACGUGGAGUGCAAUCCCUACUCCAAUAAAACCACACCUCUCAAAACAUUCAGUGCUGGGCAGGCUGUCAAGGAAAAGCCAAUUGACCAGGUUCCUGUGCUAUCGCCUACUAUCGAGACGCACAACACUCCCAAUGUGCAUUUUAAGCCGCAAAUUCCCGCGAUGGUGGUAAAUAAAAAAGAUGAAAUUUUGGAUCGUCUGGACAAACUCAUCAAGAGCAAGAAAAAUAAAACCAUACUGGUUAACGAGCAGCUCCAUGAAGCCAUUGAGGAGCUGCACUGGCCCUGGUUGACAGAUGUCUAUAUGAAUGGCGAUCUCUGGUGCAUCGCAGUGCUGAUUGACAAACAUUGGGUUAUGGUCCACGAGAGCUGCCUGUCUGGCAUUGACUUGGAGACUCACUACGUCAGCGUGUUGCUGGGUGGUGGCAAAACAAAGCGAUCGGCCCACAGGAGUAAUCACGAACAGAUUCGACGUGUGGACUGCUUUGAGGGAGUGCCGAAAUCCAAUGUACUACUAUUGCAUCUGGAGCGCCCUGUGCGGUUCACCCACCAUGUGCUGCCCACCUUCCUGCCUGACAGCUCCCAUCAAAGUCAAAGCCAUGCGAGGCAGUGCAUCAGUGUUCUUCAUGACGAUGCCACUGGACGCAUCAAGACAGUAGCUAUUACCCGGAUACAUAAUGCUACCAACUGCAAUUCCUGCUACAAGCUGCAGGAAAAGCAACCACCGGCUAAUCUCAUGCGCCUGUUAAACGUGAGUGCCGAGGAUAUGGCUUCAAUUUCGGAGGAGGUGGAACUCAUUAACGGCGUGGCCCCCACAGAGCUGCCGGCCAUUACCAAAUUCACCAGCUGCAACCAGUUUGGACUGAAAAAUGUGAGCGAUUCACAUCACAAUCCCAGCGAUCAGGGUGUACUGGUUUGUCGGGACUCGCACACAGGCUGGUUCCCUACGGCCUUGUUCAACUACAACAAUUCCGAUUGCCGAAGUUUUAAACAACCAUUUGGUGUGAGAACGUUGGAACUGGUAUACAAAUCGCUGCAGGAUAUCAUAGACAAACCGAGCUGCAAAAUGCUCCUACCAGCCCCGGAAUGCUCCACCCAUCGUUGCCCUCUGGGUACCUGUUUGCCGCAGUCUGCGAUUUGCAAUGGCCGACCGGAUUGUCAUGAUGGCAGCGAUGAAGAUGAAACCAUGUGCCGACAGCAAAAGCAGCAAUGUGCCCCUGGCGAGAUGAAGUGUCGGACCAGCUUCAAAUGCGUGCCGAAAAGCAAGUUUUGCGACCAUGUACGUGACUGCGAGGACAUGACGGAUGAGCCGACCACCUGCAGUUGUUUCACUUAUUUGCAAGCCACUGAUCCGUCAAAGAUAUGUGAUGGCAAGCGAAACUGCUGGGACAAAAGCGACGAGAGUUCAGUACUCUGUAACUGCACAGCGGAUCACUUUCAGUGCAGUUCCUCUCCUCAAGAUUGCAUUCCUCGCGAUUUUGUGUGUGACAAAGAGAAGGAUUGUCCCAAUGGAGAAGAUGAGCGGUAUUGCUUUGGCAUAGAGCACCCGUUGCAUCUGCAGAGGAAGGAUUUCUGGUCCAAUAGUCAGCACACGCAACCCGAGAAAGCUCCACAGUACGGACAAGUUAUCGAACAGACCUAUGGCAUCUGGCAUACGAAGUGCUUCCCAAAAAGCAAACCCCCACAAGUGGAUGAAGUUCGGGAAAUAUGCAAAAAGUUGGGCUACAAUCCAUACAGACAGCCCAGUUAUCGACUGAUUGACGAUAAGGAGAACAAACCCGUGCUCACAUACGAGUUGGCGGAUAGGCAAGGACGAAGUUUCAGUAAUGAGUCGCUGAUGGGCAAGUAUCGCGACUCAACGAAGGCGUUAAUCAUCAGCAAAUUCUCGCCUCUUCAACUGAAUGAGCACCUUACAUUGUUCCUCAAGUCCAGCAGACCAAUUGCCGAGUUGGUCAGGUGGAAUGCCACCGAUUCCAGCAUGUGCUACAGGCUGGAGAUCAGAUGUGCCUAAAGGAUGACA